AUGACAUCAACUGUAGUUGGGGCAUCUGCAUUGUGGAUUUUCAUUUCGAUCGUGGCAACGUUUAUCAUUUAUGCACUUCAAGCGAUCUCAUUUGCAGCAGCAGGAGAACAAUCACGUGGCCAAGCCUCUCAUCUCUAUCUCAAACAAGAAGGCGCAUACUUUGAUCAUCACUCGACAAACAAUCUAGCUACACGACUUGCUAUGGGUACGAAGGAUGUGAAUGAAAUUGUGACACGGAUGCCUGAAGAUACUGUGUAA